UCUACUUGUUCACUUACUCCAAUAUGAGUCUGAAGACCGGGUUGGUGGUCCUCCUUCUCUGCAUGCCAGGGCUGCUCAGUGCUGAGUGGGGGGGGACCUAUACUGAGAAGGAGAUCUGUGCAUUUAAAGGAUCCACUGUAAAGCUUCAGUGCUACCUUAAGUUCCCGCCCACAGAAGGCGGGCGUGAGAUCAAGGUCAAAGAAACAUUUUGGUUCACCAAAGAUCCAAAGGAAGAUCCGAGACUGGACCCUCAGUACUUUGGUGGUGUGCAGUCUGAGUGUCAUGGCAACAUGUGCAGUCUGACCAUCGCAGACGUGAGACGGAGUGACGAGUACACGUUCAGAUUCACAACUGACCAUUCCAGAGGAGACUUCAUCGUCAUGCCUGGUGUCAAAGUGACCGUCACUGAUCUGAAAGUACAAGUGUCCUCAAGGCCCAGGUAUGAAAAUGGCAAACAUUGGUAUGAUCUGAAGUGUGUCAGCGACACCUGCAGUCCUAGGUCUAAUUCUUCAUACGUCUGGUAUAAGAAUGGAGAGGAAAUCCAAAAUGCAAAGUCCCAAGUGUACACAGUAGGGCAUGACUAUGAAAAUAGUUACUCCUGUGCUGUGAGAGGACACGAGCAAGCUGUGUCUCCUCCAGAGUGUGUUGUGGACUGGUUUUGUAACAAGGUGGUUUACCACAAGAGACACAUCUGUGCCAUCCAAGGAUCAUCAGUGGACAUUACCUGUGAAUACACGAGCUAUAGAAAUACCCUGACACAAUUCUGGUACCGUACAAAUUCUAGUCACUGGAGGAACCCCUCCAUGACUGAAGAUCUGCGGUCCGACCCUCAGUAUGAAGGUCGUCUUGAGUUACCUUCAGAGACUACUAAAAAAAGCACACUGAGAAUAAAAGAUGUGAGGCAGAGUGAUUCUGCCGAGUACCGCUUCAAAUUCACCAUUGAUGGUUUUGAAUGGAGGAGUACUUUACCUGGAAGCACCUUAACAGUUGCAGAUGUAAUUCUGUUUAGAAAAAAGUCAGCAGCCAAUCACAACAAGGCUGUGGGCUGCAAACUGGACUUUGGACAGUGGUGUUCCAGAUGA